GCUGUGGUAGCAGCGGGAGUUCAAACAUGGCGGGUACCAAAACACAGAAUGCGAUAACUUUGAAGGGAUCGACUGAAAUUGUCACAGAAUUCUUUGAAUAUGGCAUCAACAGUAUACUAUACCAACGAGGAAUCUACCCGCCAGAAUCCUUCACUCGAGCCCAGAACUAUGGCCUGACCUUGCUUGUGACAACAGACGAUGAUCUAAAGAAAUAUCUCACUGAAGUUAUUGGUCAAAUUAGAGACUGGCUGCUUGGUAUGACGGUACAGAAGCUGGUCCUUGUCAUCAAGAGUGUGUAUACAAAUGAGGUCCUGGAGAGGUGGCAGUUUGAUAUCGAGUGUGAUAAGACAGUGACAGCUGACACUAAAAAGGACAAAUCAGACAAAGCAAUCAAGGAAGAAAUCCGCUCUGUGAUCAGGCAAAUAACAGCAUCGGUGACAUUCCUCCCGCUUCUAGAGACUGCGUGUGCGUUUGAUAUCCUGGUGUACACAGACAAAGACAUGGAUGUUCCAGAGGCCUGGGGAGAAUCAGGGCCCCAUUUUGUGGUGAAUUCCGAGGAAGUUCGACUUCGGUCUUUUUCUACAUCUAUACAUAAAGUGGAUGCUAUGGUGGCCUACAAGAAAACAGACUGACACCAUAUCCAUUACUCCUGGAGUGAAUUUCCUACGCCUACUUGCUGAUGUAAACCCAAGAACUGUGAAGGCCUCUUUAAGUGGGAAUACAAGUAUGAAGAAUAGACACAGCAUCUAUGUAGGUAGAUGAAGGAGUGGCUACCAUUCACGUAACAGAUUGGUCUCUGUAUCAAGCAACAGAUGCUGCAGUUUACAGACAAGCAUGGGCCCAAGAUAAGUUUAUGGAACGAAGUGGGACUCAUAUUCUGAUAACAAUGAAUAACUGGGAGCAUAUGUGACUAAUUUUAUGGUGUGAGGUCC